AAAUUUUUCUCAACUUGUCAUGUCAAUGGUAAGAAAUGUAUCAAAUCAGAGCGAAAAAUUGGAAAUUUUGUCAUGUAAAUGGGUAGGAUGUCUCAAAUCAACAGAAGUGUUCAAAACGGUUGAAAAGUUAUUAGAUCAUGUUACGGCUGAUCAUAUUCCAGAAGUUAUUGUAAACGAUGACGGGUCGGAGGAAGUCGUUUGUCAGUGGGAUUGCUGCGAAAUGGGUGCCAGUCGUGGAAAUCUUCAAAAAAAGAAAGAGUGGAUGGAGAAUCACUUCAAAACACGUCAUGUUCGCAAAGCAAAAAUAUUCAAAUGCUUAAUUGAGGAUUGCCCUGUGGUAAAGUCAAGUAGUCAGGAAAUUGAAACCCAUCUCAGAAUAAGUCAUCCAAUAAAUCCGAAAAAAGAGAGACUGAAAGAGUUUAAAAGUUCUACCGACCACAUCGAACCUACUCAAGCUAAUAGAGUAUGGACAAUUGUGAACGGAGAGGUUCAAUGGAAGACUCCACCGCGGGUUAAAAAAAAGACUGUGAUAUACUAUGAUGAUGGGCCGAGGUAUGUAUUUCCAACGGGAUGUGCGAGAUGCAACUAUGAUAGUGACGAAUCAGAACUGGAAUCAGAUGAGUUUUGGUCAGCCACAGAGAUGUCAGAUAAUGAAGAAGUAUAUGUGAACUUCCGUGGAAUGAACUGUAUCUCAACAGGAAAGUCGGCCAGUAUGGUCCCGAGCAAACGAAGAAAUUGGCCAAAAAGAGUGAAGAAAAGGCUAUCGACACAAAGAAACAAUCAGAAAACUAUUCGACCACCAGAGCUGAAUAAAAAUAAUAUAGAGAUAAAAGAUAUGAACUCAAAUAACCUUGAAGAACGCAACAGAGAAGAAUGCAUUCAGCCUGUUUCUGUUGAAAAGAACAUCCUGCAUUUUGAAAAAUUCAAAUCAAAUCAAAUUUGCAUUGUUCGGGAAAACAAUAAAUUUAGAGAAGGAACGAGAAGACGCAGAAAGAAUUCUGGUGAAUCGGAAGACUUGAAAAUUCAUGAAAACUUUACUGAAAAACGAAGACCCAUUCGAUCAUGCAAACAAAAUAUAAGUUUCUAUGAAAUGGACGGGGAUAUAGAAGAAUUUGAAGUGUUUUUCGAUACUCCCACAAAAAGCAAAAAAGUACUUCUGGAUAUCUACAGUGCGAAGAAAAUGCCAAAAAUUGAGGUUGAAGAUUCAUUAGUUAAUAAGUUUCAUUCAAAACGUCCAUCAAGAGCAUGUCGAGUUCUUGGAAGUAUGGAAGAAGUACCAUUUGAUGUGGAAAUAGGAUAUUGAUUUUAUAACGUGUAAUUGAGUUUUGGCCAAAAAGGUAUGGAAAGGUGGCUGUUUAGUUAUAUAUUUUUCUAUUAUUUAUUUGAAACAUGCAAAAUUGAAGUGAACAAUAAGUGAUGUUCAUGGAAAUUUAAACUGUUUUAUGAUACUUUUUUGAGAAAUUGAAAAAUCUGUUCAUUUUAGAAACAAUGUCCACAUGGUUCUAAGAGCUAAAAUUUUUAUUUUCAUCCAUUUAGAGUACUUUCUCUUUUAGAGUACGGCCCCAGAGCGAUGUUAGAAACCUGAGAUCGGUCAACACAGACCGUUAAUUUUGGGAAGUUGAGAAAUUCGCUAGUUUCUGACACGAAUUUCAGCUAAUACCAAAUAAUGUGCAAUUGCAUUUUGCAUGUCAGCAUUCAGCAUUCAUACAAAAAUUUCAAAGAGCCAACUUUUCAUACGUUUAUGGUCAACACUGUAUGUGUUACAUUGAACUUUUUUAAAUUGUAUUAUUUCAUAUUUGAAUCAUUUCCAUGCCAUUUUCAAAUCUUUUUUUAACAAAAAUUUAGUUUCAAAGUUUUAAAUUUAGGUGAAAACUUGCUACAAAAUAACACAUUCUUUAGUCGUUUCAAUUGCUAUCUAUCCGCAGACUGCAAUUUUGUUUUCCCACAACCAUUCACACAAUAAAUAAGGGUAUAAAGUUUUGUUCAUAUAACACAUUUCAAUACUAACAUUUCAAUUUUGAACAAUUUUUCUAAACUUAUUUCCCUUCGCCCAAACGUCAUUCAACAUUCUUUGUACAAAACAUUACCAUUAUAGAAAAUCUCAUUUUUCCACUAUUUCAUUUAUUUUUAUUGUUCCGCGAUAAAUAUAAAUAA